AUAGAGCCUGAAGAAUAAAUAUGAUCUCUCGGAGAAAUUGUGUGGUUUUGGCUUCUUUCCUAGUGAUUCUCAUCAGCCUACAUCGCAGUGAAGGUGCUUAUGUGCAGGAAUUCUUCAAAAUCCUCAUCCAGGACAAUGUGGCAGGAGCCCCAGUUAUCCAUCAGCAGCAAGAAUUUGAUUUUGAUCCCGAUGUUAGCGUUAAGAGGCGUCAGCAAUUUUACGAGAUACACGGGUACCGAGCAGACAAGUUAAUUGAACGAUUGGGCUUGGGAAUCGAUGGAAAAGCCCAAGAGCGUCUUAUUCAACAGAGAAUUCGAGAUCAGGGUCGAUUAGGUGGAGUAAUCUACUUGCAUAGAUAUCCUCUAUUAUCUGAUAACUUCUUACACUAAAAUUCUUCCAUUAACCUUUUCGCAGAUGAUGCUAAUUUCAAUCAAUAUGCCAGUGAUAGCGUGCAAAACCACUACUAACUCAGGUACCCUCCACCAAUGCUUAUCUCUAAAAGGCUUUAUCCUUUCUUCAAUGUGAUCUAGUGUAGCUGCUUGCCGACUUUUAC